AUGAUUGCCGCCACCAAUUUCAAUGGGAAAAAGAGAAAUGAUGUUCCAGAUGCGGAGAAGACGACGGAUGCACAAGUCGCAUCGAAUAUUGCCAGUAUUAUAGCGAAAGUGGCGAAAGGUAAAGAGGAGCCGAAGCGUCGGAGAAGAAGCCAAGAAAAGAAAAUCAAAUUUCCGAGCGAAGAGGAGGAGAAAGCCACACAAGCUGCAGUCGCAUUGAAUAUUGCCAGUAUUAUGGCGAAAGUGGCGUCUAAAGGGAAAAAUGGUUAUUCAGUUGCACAGAAAACAGGAACUCCUACUGUAACUCUGUUCGAUUUGGAGGCGGAGUCAGAGAUUCCUGCUAAGCCGUCAGGAGACAAGGAUCGUAGACCUCCUUCGGUGAUGAUUUUGGAAGACCCACGCGCUCCAGAAGUGGUGAUUCUUGAUGAUGACGACGAGAUUCUUCAUCAACGACAGGUUCUGGAACCCGACGUAGAGGAGUAUCACCGGGAUUUUGAGAUCCUGGAUCGGGAUACUGUAGCUGACACAACUCGGGUGCCAGUCAUCAAGGCUAAGGAUCGACUUCCUCCUGGUCUUAAGGGGGAAACUGUAGCUAAGGUCGGACGGUCCUCCCACAUUGUCGAUAUUAUGAAGAAAGCCACGGAAAUUUUAGUGUCCCACCUUCACGAUGAGUCUACAGUAGUCCAGGAGGUCUCCACACUACUCACCAACCUGUUGGGGAAUCGAGUGCAGACUUGGAAGGAGCUAUUGGUCGGGGGGACGGUACCUGCUCCUAGUCCACCCUUGCCUUUCACCAUCACACGAUUCUUCGACAUGGAUGCUGUAGCUGAGCCAGAGCCUCCUACAGUAACCCGGAAACGAGUUUCGGAGCCAGAGCCGGAGGAGCCGCCGUCAAAACGUGGGAGGGUGGAGCCUGAAUCCCAGGAAUUGGAAGAUUUAAUGGCGAAAAUUGGGGAGGAUAUUGAAGUGAUUGGAUGCUUGAUCAAGGGAAAAUGGAAUGUUGAAACAUCUUGUCCAGCAUGCUACAAACAAUUCAAUUCCAAGUCGGAAUUAGGCACCCACAUCCGAAAGACUCAUAAUGAUAUGGAAUCGCUGAAGAAUUCUGAAAUUCAGAUGUCACAACAAGAAGAUUUUCCACAAUCAAUAUCACAACCAAAAAAGCCAAAAGAGGCGUGCAGAGUGUGUGGUGACCAGUCGUAUUCAUCCGCCUUCGGAGUUCCGGCAUGUCAGGCGUGUCAGAAAUUCUUCUCGCGAAAAACUUCCAUCGGCCAGGCGAACUAUGUGUGUUGGACAGGACUGAAUAAGUGCCCAAUCGACAUAACAAUUCCAAGAAAAUGUCAUUAUUGUCGAUAUAUGAAGUGCCUUGAAGUGGGGAUGACAAGAGAACCACACGCUGGUACAGUACUCCAACUACUGAAAGAAAUGAACAAGAAUGAGACAGCAACAGUAUCCCGAGCUCCUCCCACUGCUACAGUAACCCAGGGAGCUACAGUAACCCAAGAGAAUCCCAACAUGAGUCACUUGGACUAUAUGAAGUCGCUGGAAUCGCCCGUCCCCAAAUCCGUUCCUGCUACAGUAACCCAACCCACCACCGCCCGUAAUCUCUUUCAUAACUCGGUGGUCACGAUUACUGCACCGGAUACCAAACGGAGUUCUGAGGGAUCCGCGGAACCGUUGAGGAAGAUUUCUGAAAUUUCGGUGCAGAAAUCUGAGCAAAAGCUAAAAGAAGCGUGCAAAGUGUGUGGUGACCGGUCGUUUUCAGCCGCCUACGGAGUUCAGGCUUGCCAUGCGUGUCAGGUGAAGUAUAUAUGUUGGACAGGACAAAAAAAGUGCCCAAUCGACACCACAAUUCCCAAAAAAUGUCAUUAUUGUCGAUACGUGAAGUGUCUUGAAGUGGGGAUGACAAGGGAACCACACGAAGGUACCGUACUCCAACUACUGAAAAUGAACACACCGGUGAAGUUGUUCAACAAGGAUGAGAGGACUACAGUACCCUACUCCGCUGGUACUGAGACAGCUACAGUAUCCCAUACCCCAAGAACUCCUCACACUGCUACAGUAACCCAGCAAACUACAGUACCCCAAGAGAAUCCCAACGUGUGCUACAGGGAUUAUAUGAAGUUGCUGGAACCGCCCGUCCGAUUCUUGGAUUAUCCAGCUACAGUAACCCAACCAACCACCGCCCGGAAUCUUUUUCAUAACUCGGUGUUCACGAUCACUGGAGCACCGGCUACCAAACGGAAUUCCGGGGGACCCGUGGAGCCGGUAGGGAAGAUUACUGGAAUUUCGGAGCCAGCUAAGCAGGAAACUGCGCUCACGAUCCCCGAGCAACUUCAACAAAUUGCCCAUAAUUUUGAUACGGUUAUCACGAUGAUCGUCGCCAAUCAUGAGAAGUUUUUGGAAAAGACGUCAGCAAUCGAUUACUCGGAUAAUAUACGACAUUUUGAGAUGAUAAAAACCACCAAAAACGAUCGAAUCGACGUGUGGAACGGCUACGCCCCCGUUCUCCAAAACGAAAUGGGACAAUCGAUGGUGUAUGCAAUGGGAAUGCCGUCUUUCAACCAAUUCAACUCGAACGAUCAAUCGAUAUUGUUCAAGACGUACGGAUUUUUGAUAUACUUUCUCAGAUGCAUCCGGGAUAUCACUCCGCAGGGAUUAUUCUUUCCGAAUGGACUGUUUAUCGAUUUUAAAUUUCUGAAAUUGAUCUACGGAGACCUUGCCGAUGAGAUGAUUCAAUUCGCCCAAGAAUUUCAAGAGAUGGAAAUGGAGGAGACGGAUCUGGCGGUCUUCAUCGUCGCCUCAUUCUAUCAGAAUUUGAUUCCAGAAUUCCAGAAGAUUACUGGAUUCAAGGCGGGGGAGAAAUUGAUGGGUGUCUGCGCACUUUAUAAAAAUAUUCUGGAGUAUCAGAUGGUGAAACACGGAGAGGAGGUGUUGCAGAGAGUUCUGGAGUUGAAGAUGAAAUUGUCUGCGAUUCACGUGACCCACUUCCAAAAAUUGUUCAUCGUCGACAUCAAGGAGCAUGUUUGCCUACCGGACUUCCUCAAUGAAUACAUGUGGCUUGACGAAUUUCAGACAUCGACUCAAAAUCCUGUUCCUCAAGAGGAGUAG